GUCGUUGCAAAAUCUCGGCACACACGAAUGCAAGAGGCUUCGCGUCCACGCCUCUCACGCAACUCCGAGAAUCUCUCGAGUCGCUGGCUGCAGACGUUGCCAAAGAAGUCGAGGUCCAAGGGCGGCCGGUGAGGCGGCCCAGAAAGCGACUCCCGAUGCACACAACGAGGAGUGGCAGCGAAGAGAAGGACCUCACGGUUUGGCAGGAUUCCCCUGCUGAAGUCUACAACCCGUCCCAGGGUAUGCUUGUUCUACAACAGGAGCAGUGGCACGAAAGGUUGACUCAUGACCGUGUACUGGACUGGAGUGGCAGGCUUCGGGCCCAAAAGGCGAAGUUGCAAGUGCUGGCUGCGCCCCCGGAGGAACCGGCUCCGCCUGCGGUGAAGCUUCCGCCACCGGUCGUGCAGGAGGUGUUCGACUCUCUCGCAAAGGACCCUCAGGACGAGAUACAGGCCCGUUUGGAGUCGAAAAGGCAGGAGUCGUUGGCCCUGCAGUUGGAGCUCAUCUUGGCGAACCCGCCUUUAUUGCUGCAGAAGGCCAUGAAGACUGCAGGCCCAAUGAAGAUGCGUAUCGCCAAGGUGGAAGCAUCAGGGCCUGAAGAUGGCUCCUACAUCGUGUACUUCCACUGUGACUCUUCGGCGCGGGUCGAGCGCCGGCUGAAGCGAGCAGCUCCAGUUCUGGCAUCUGCGCUGGCGCGGCGGCUGCUUCUAGGGUACGUCCGAGAUCUGACUUUUGUAUCAGACUCAGGCUCAUCUACGACUCUACGAGCUUGA